UACUGCAGCUGCUGCUGCACAGCUGUUUCGUGUUAGUUGUAAAUUGUAAUUAAUUAUCAUAGUUCUUUGUGUUGUGAUCAUUUUGUUAUAUUUCGUUUGCUUUGGUUAAUGACUGGAAUUGGUCAUAAAGGGUUUUAUCUUUUUUGUGAUAUAUCUGACUCGAAAGUAAUUUAAAAUUAAGGUGAUAUCCUUGAAACGGUAAAAUAAUCAAGCAAACAUUUACUCAACUUUCAAGGCUGUAGUAAUAAAAGGAGUAAACGGUGACUUAUUAUGACAUAAAUAAAGCCACAAUGGUCGAGGAAAACGAUCAGUAUUACGGUAGAACAUCGAAUAAAAACGUUUUGUUAAAGAUAGUGAUCCUUGGAGAUGGUGGAGUCGGAAAGUCAUGUUUAAUGAGUAGAUUUAUAUCUAAUCACUUCGACGAUCAUAAUUUCCAUACGAUAGGCGUCGAAUUUAUGAAUAAAAUGUUAGAUGUUAAUGGAAAACAAUACACAUUGCAGAUUUGGGAUACAGCUGGCCAAGAAAGAUUUAAAUCUCUUAGAACCCCCUUCUAUCGUGGGACUGAUAUAUGUAUAUUAGCAUAUGCUAUUGAUGACCGCAGUUCCUUUAAUAAUAUUAAAACAUGGUUGAAUGAGUUUUUACACUAUGCUGGAGUAAAAAAUGGAAUUGAAAAGUUUCCUUUUGUUGUUGUUGGCAAUAAGUCAGAUGUAUCUUCAAAGGACAGAGAAGUUUCGUACGAUCAAUUGAAACAAUGGUGUGAGCAAAAUAAAAUUGGCACUUACAUAGAGACAUCGGCUAAGGCUGAUAAUAAUGUCAUUGAAGCAUUUUCUAUGGCUGUGCAAAGAUGGGCAAAUCUCGAAGAAAAGGCCGAGAGAGAGCUCCGCAUGCUACAUCAUCCAGACACUGUUACCUUACACGGAUCGGCGCCACCUGGCGGCCUCCGAGCGACUUGCUGCUCACGUUUCAUGGAAGUAUAAAAUAUUUUUCAAAGGUUUCUCGUUUUCUACAAGACAUUCCAAAGAUGUAUUAUCCUUUAGUAGAUUAGCACGCGAUACUGAUAACUCGAGGCGAGCAAAUAUUUGUGGCCUCGAGUGUUUUAUACUUCUCUUUUUCCAACACGAAUGAUACCUAUAUAAAAAAUAAGAAAGAGGCGACGGCGGAUGUUACGUAUUUACGGGAGUAAAAUGAGGCAGAAGAGAAGAUUUGCAUAAUAUAUACCUUUUUUAGUUAAAUAUAUUUAGGUUAUACUAAUUUAUUUCUAGUGCACUUAAUUAAUUACACUUAAGUUCUGUUAAAGUUUUAAACGAAUCUCAAAAAUCACCUCUAUUGGUACUGCAAAGUUUUAUACACUGCAAACUCUUGUUAGUCUCAUUAUCAAGUAACUAAAUGUUUGGUUGUUAACUAUGUUCGAACUAAACUGACUAUUUUUUUUCUAAAAAUCUAUGAGUAAUAAAAUAAUAAUAUUACUUGUUAGAGUAAAUUAAAUUAGUUAACUGCAACUUUAAAAUUGAAAACUGAAACUAUUUUGGUUGUGAUAAAUAUUCAAAGUAUUACACGAAUCAGUUUCAUACAUUUAAAGAAUUUCAUUCGUUUAUAAGGAUAUAAGUUAACAAUAAAGGAUAACAUAUCAAUUAACAAAUGGUAUUAAAUAUUAGGAAUUCGCUUUAUUAACAACAUAUUGAUAGUGCUCGAUGUUAGUUUUAAAUACUACAUUCAAGCAGAUGAAGUCCCGAACUGAGGUACAGGAUAAGUGUAGAAUGAUUGCUGCAACAUGAUCAGAGUGGAUUGUUUCCGUACUGAAUGAACCUUAUCUAAAUCAUAGUAUUGAAAGCAGCCUUUACAUGCAAAUGAACUGAUUCUUUAGGGAGCAUCAUUUUCACCAAGUGCCUAAACUGUACAAAGUAGCACGAACGAUGGCUCUAACUGUAUUUUUAAACUACCUCUUAAGGCCUAGUUAUUUAGAUAUAUUUGAGCUUCAGGACGGUCUCGCACUUGUAAACUUAUUUUGCAAGUUCUGUUGAUUAAAGCAUUUGCAUCAGUUGUUAACUAUUUUAUUUAUUUGUUUGUUACGAUGCGAUGCAUAGCAUCGUAACAAACAAAUAAAUUUGUGUGACUUUUGGAUAUUCGGCCGUAAAUUUCCAUAGCCCUCAUUUUUAUAAUGACUUCUGGUUUAUUUCGUUAAUUAGUGUGUUUAAAUGAACACCAAUUAUGUAGUAGGUAGUCACGAAACUAAUUAAGAAGGAAAUAAAAUCAUAUUUACUAACUUGUAUAAUAGAAUCACUUGUUUGUAGAAACACUUAGCAAAAACUUGCCUUUACUGCUGAAGGCCCAUUACUCUGUAACUUGCAAUAGCUAUAUAUCAAUAAUGGGUUUUUAUUCCCAAGACGACAUCAGCGCGUUAUUGAGAGAACGAACUUGCAUACAUUGGAAGUUACAGAUUACAAGGUUCACAUGAGGCUUUUGAAAGAAUGCAAUAGAUAAGUUUUCCAAAGCAUCGAUGCCUAACUGACAUGUGAUCAGCAGUUUACUCACCAGACCCGUACUCCAACGGGUACCUCAAUCUACAGUCUCCGCUCGAGAACUGUCGAAUAUGUAUGUCAAACUUCGAUUAAAAACAUGGUUUGACGGCUCUUAAGAACAGAUUUAAUGUUUGUUUGAUAUUCAGGCAACGAUAUUAUUUUGAUGAGAAUUGAGAAUAGGUUUUUAAUUCUUUGCCCAUUGUAAUUACUCAAACUAAAAGUAACCUUAGUCAUAUCGGUAAACAAGUACACUUAUGAACGUCAGAAAAGAAGUUAAAUUAAUUGUAAAUUUACAUUUACUACCAGUUCGCAAGUCAAGGGCGUAGAGCGGGCAAGAAGAACUGGCAAGAAACUUUCCGC